AUGUGGUCAUCAACAGCAUCGCGGAAUUUGGGCGGCGGUCCUGUGCCGCGCAACCAGCAGUCGACACCACUCUCGGCACAAAGCACGCAGGAUGAGCUGUUCACUCCUACGUCGGCUCGUCAGGGCGCCUUCCGCUUCGGUAGCCAGAACAGCGGAGGCCCAACUCCCCAGGCGCAAUCCAACCCGGUGGAUGACUUCCCGCCUUUGAACAGGAACGCAAACGGUGAGAUCGGUGGUGAGCGUGGUGCCAACCUGAUGCCUUCUCUGGGCUUCGGUAACCAAGCGACCGGCUCGUCCGCAGCGAUACCUCCUCCCCGAAGUGCAGGCGCAGGUAAUGGUCUGCUCAAUGCGUUAUCUGCGAAUAGUAGACCAGAUGGUCGUUCACCAUCGAUCGCCAGCGCACAGGGUAUGUCAACUCCGCCGUGGUCCGCCCUUGCUCUCACUGACGUGUUUCAAGAUCAACCUAGAACACAAGACGCAUCUAUCGAGAAGAGUGGCGCUCUUCACGAGGAAACACCGGGCGACAGCUCAUCUCAAGCCGCAGAGAGCCGGAAUUCUCUAGGAGCUAUCGGUAACGACUCAGUCACCGGUAAGGCGAAGGAUGAGAAGGACGGCCAGUCCCCUGAGGUUCAGGACCCCCUGGCAGGAAUGGCGCCCAUUGACAAGUUCGGCAUGAAGGGUCUGCGUGUUCUCAUGAACAACUAUCCUAGCUAUGGAGCGCUCAUGCAGGGAAUGGAUCCCAACGAGUUUGGUCUCAACGUUAACUCGUCAGAUCUCAUCUCCACGCAGAUUUACUCCCUCUUUGACGACACGCCGCCGCGCCCCGCUAUCCCCAACCCUAUCGACACGAAAAUCCCGUCGUUCAAUGAGGAGACACUCUUCUGGAUCUUUUACAGCUGCACGCAGGACAUUAAGCAGCACUUGGCUGCAGUUGAGCUGCACAAUCGAAACUGGCGAUGGCACAAGAAGCUGCAUAUCUGGCUGACUAAGGAUGAGCUUAUGAUGCCUACCAGUCUCGGUCCUCACCACGAGCGCGGUUACUACAUCGUCUGGGACACCACCAAUUGGCGUAAGGAGCGGAGAGAGCUCACGCUGCACUAUGGUGAUCUUGAGACGAAUCUGGUACAACCGGCUGCAUAG